ACCCAACCAUCUUUAACUCACAUUUCCUUGCAUUGCGCUCACUUUAAGAAAUGGGGAAUCCUCCAAACUUUUUCAAAAUAAAAGCCUGCUCUCUGUUCUCUCUCUUCUUUCUAUUCAAUUUGGGUUGAGUUAAGUUGAGACUUGAGAGGUGUGAUUCCCGUUACUCCUCACUACUUUGACCCGCUUUUUGUUUCUCUCUCUCUCUCUCUCUCUCUUUCAUCCCCCUACUUCCAUCUCAGACAUCACAUGCAAUUUACAAAAGCAGGCGUUUUUUUUUUUUUAAUUUAAAAAAACCACUAUAACAAGUAGAAACUAUAAUGGUAUGGGGGCACUAUUUUCUUUCGCGUACUCAAGCAGAAAAGAAGAGUGAAAACUCUGACUGUGACUCCUCGUCAGAGCAGAGCACCACAUUCAAAAAAAUUCCCUUUUCUCAUUGUCCUCCCUCCCUCUGCAAAACAAAAACAAACACAUCUUAAAAAUUCACUCUGUGUCUCCCACUCCUCAACAACCCCCUUUACUCGAGAUUCCGUUUUUUUUUCCUCACAGCCUUUGCAACUUGUUGAAAAUUUCAAUUUUGGAAUCGUUUCACCACUUAACGUGAUCUGGGUUUGUUCCAUAUAAAGUUCAGCUCUUCCCAGAUCCAACAUUUUUUUAUUUCCCCUUUUAAUUCAUCCAUUCAUUGUUUCUAUUGAAUUAUCAGAAACCCGUUUUAAUGAAUUUCAAGUCAUAUAUAUAUAUAUAUGUGUGUGUGUGUGUGUGUGUGUGUGUGUGUUGCCUUUUGGAUUUUCAAUUGCUGAGUGAUGAAUAGAUUGAUGCUUUUGUUUUCUGUGUAAUAAAAAUCUUGUGGCUGUUAUGGGUGGUGAUGGUAGAGUUGAAGUUGUGAGUGGCAAGGGGUGUUCGAGGCUGUUUUCAUCUUCACUUCCUUCAUUCAGAGGUUUGCAACCAUUGGAGCCAAUGUCUCCUGCUUCCUCCCCUUUGCAAGUGCCAUCAUCAACUACUCCUUUUGCUGGUCUUGUCAUCUGCGUUACUGGUUUAUCUAAAGAAGCAAGGAAUCAGGUCAUGGAGGCUACAGAUAGAUUAGGUGGACAGUAUAGCCCCAAUUUGCAUCCUCGAUGUACCCAUUUGGUGGUUCAGAGUUUUGGUGGACGCAAGUUUGAGCAUGCGCUGAAGCAUGGAGCAAAAAAUGGCCUCUUUGUUGUCACACUGGGUUGGUUUGUGGAUAGUGUCAGGAAAAGUGUGAGGUUGAGUGAAUCACAUUAUAGAGUGAAGAGUUAUGGGGAUAACAACACGCAUUUGGAGGAUUUUAGACUGCUUCCUGAGUAUACAAAUGCUGAAAAUUCUUGUCUUCCUGCAAGAAUCCUCCAAACCAAGCAAGCUAUUAGUGUUGAAGAACUUCAAAGAUUCACUGGGAGAGAGUCUAUCAGAAAUUUGGACUCAACUUUGUCUGGCUGCUCCAUCUAUGUUGAUCCAGGCAUUUCAUCUGAAUUGCGAAACAAGGUUAUUGAGACUGCUUCAAGAGAAGGUGCUAGUUUGGUGGAACAAUGGUUUGUUGGCUGCAAUGUUAGUCAUGUAGUAACUGAAGGGACAUCAAUCCAAAGAUAUCUUGGAUACUCUAGUUACCUCAUUACACCUCUGUGGGUUCUCAAAACAGCUAAGGAGAAAUAUGUGCGAAGGCUUGUUCGCAUGUCUGUUGAUUUGGCAAAGCAAGUUGGCCUGAUGCUGGAAGAUAUCCAUAAUGGCAUUUCAGGAAAGGAAGUAAUAAAGCAAAAAGUCCUUAACAAUCUUCUGGAUACUGAAAGUGAAGUCGGCUAUGAAGAAAGACAACAAAUUGUGAAUUCUGCAAAAAAUGGAGUCAGAAGUCGCCGUGGUCGCCGAAUGCAGACUUGUCAGACUCCAAUACGUCCUAUAACACCCAACAACCUUCUAGACUCUAUCUGCUGGUCUAUAUCCGAGUCGACUUCGGCUGCUUCCAUUUAUACAGACUCUUUCAGUGUUGAAGAUCCUAGUGAAAACCAUACUUCAAUAUUUUUUUAUGCAAAAGGGGAUGGCAAGGAUUCGGAAGCUUCAUUUUCAAACUCCACUCGUCCUCUGACAGAAAGUGAGAAAUCCGAGUUGAUAUUUAAAAACCCUUUCCUUACCAUACUAUUCCCAAUUGACCGAUUUGCUGAGAUGGGUCCUUCUUCAAGAACAUUUUUCAGCCAUAAUGGUUUUAGGUGUCUUCAGGUGUUGGAUCAUAUCCAUGCAUUUUAUCAGGAGAACAUGUCAAGGGAAGAAAUAGAAGCUGCAAUUCAUAGUGAUUCAAGACACGCUGAUAGGCUUCGAUCAGUGUACUCUAGUAAGGAAACAGCAGAACAUGGCUAUGUACUGUUUAAAAGGGUCGAAUUCUUGGGUAGUCGUACAAGUUUUGAAAUGUUGAAGCGUGUAACUGGGGCCAACUCCUCCAACGUUUAUGAGCUAUUACUUAGGGCCUAAGGUAAUUUUAUUAUACAAGGAUUCCCCAUAUUGGUAUGAAUGGCCAAAAAUGGGGAAAUGUUUAGCUUGUCCCUAGAACAAAUGAGAAAAAAUGAUUCAUUAAUAUUUUAAUAUUAUUUUUGUUAUAUUAUUUAGAGGGAAGGGCAAAAGGUUAUAUGGUAAGAAGUUCGAAACUUGGACAUCAUUAUCAACGCCAAACCCGGUCUUAAAUAUUUGAGUGAUAAGGUCCUAUAGAAUGAAUGUUUUGAAUUAUAUUUUAUA